AUGCCAGCGGCGAAGAACAAACCCACGAUGAAGUUCGGAGUAGUUGUUAUUGCUGCAUGUAUACUGGGAUUUUCCAGUUUCGGGCUUCUUGUUUUGGCUAUUGGAAGCGAGUAUUGGUAUGUCAUUCAUGUGAAUCCUUCAGAUAACUGUUCAGACAGGCAAAUCAUGGAGGGAGUUCAGAGUUCUCAUGCCGGAUUGUGGAGAAUCUACGAAGGACCGGACAACAGCCCGUACAUCAUCUCAGAUGAGGCACCUAAUCACACCGCCCUGGAGAAACACCUGCUCCGUUUGCACAGGGCGGUGGUAGUGCUCUUGCCUCUGAACCUCUUGUUGCUGGUGGCAGGAGGCCUGUGCUCUCUCUACAGUGUCCUCACCAGCAGCAGCUGUCUCCUGAAAGCCACCGCCACCUACAUCCUCCUCUGCAGUCUGUGCACCCUGUCUGGCGUAAGCCUCUACGUCAGCUACUCUCAGCAGGCCUUGGCAGAAGUGCGGCGCACGGUGGAUGCGGAGAUGCUCUCCCGGGUGCAGCUGUCCUUUGGCUGGUCUCUAGCGGUGGCCUGCCUGUCCUUCUGUCUGCAGGCCUGCUGUGGCCUGCUGUUGCUCUGGGCCUCCUGUAUAGCCCAGCAGCUCACACAGCCAGAGGGCCAGGAGGACGCCACACCGCAGGAGCUGCCCCUGGAGGACGCCACACCGCAGGAGCUGCCCCUGGAGGACGCCAAAGCGGAGCUGCCCCUGGAGGCUCACAGCAGCACCGUUGUGGCGCUUACAACGACCAACACAGAAUAUGUGGAGAGUGACAUGUGCAGAUAG